AAACUAGGAAGCUUCCGCAUCUUUAACUUCAGGCAAAUUGCAUCACUUAUUGGUUUAUGAUCCUUUGCUAAUAAAGUCUCUUGGUUAUGGGUAAAUGCAUUUAAUAAAGUUAAGUCUAUAUUAACUUGAGCAAGGAAGUAUACGUCUAUUAUAUUACCCCUCCGUUUGUACAAUAUUUCCCAUGUACUUCUUCUCAUCUUUUCUGUUUCACAUCUUUUACAUUAUUCCAGUCAUUUAGUGAUGUCUUCAGGAAAAUUUAUCACAGUAGUCUGUUUCUUCGGUCUUGCGAUCGCUCAAAGUAGUACAUAUGUCAAUCAAACAACGUGUAAUGGCAACACAUACACGUAUCAAGAGUUAGGGGGCUAUGGGUUCAUUCCUGGAACCACCCGUGAUAAGUUUGGGGAUACGAUUGGAGGGAUUGGAAGUUCUAUUGCGAUGGAUAGCAAGACGUGGACUAAGUUGAGUAACGGAAGUUAUACGGGAGUGCUGUGGACCUUGCCGGAUAGAGGAUGGUUGGUAGUUUCUAUUAGGCUUCAGAAGAAUUUAAAUAGUGAGUACUGAUGCGCAAAUAGGAAUACGGAGGGUACACUCAAUUACCAAGCUCGAGUGCAUAAAUUCGAUAUCCUUUUUACUCCUAUGCCUGGUGCAACGGUAGCCAAUCCUUCAAGGAACAAUUUGGUGUUCGAGUAUAUUGAUACGGUACUUUUCUAUGGACCUGAUGGUACACCCACGACAGGGCUGGAUGCUGAUGGAUCGGGGCAUUUAAGUUACGAUGGCUUUCCAGACUUGCCAGUUGCGACGUAUACAGGUGACGGUUUUGGGAAUGAUGGAACCGGCGGGAGGAGGAUACCAGUCGAUUCAGAGGGUCUAGCUCUUGAUGGCUUGGGCGGCUUCUGGAUUAGUGAUGAAUAUGUAUGUAUUUGGCCUCCUAAUAUUAUUAUUGGUCUAACCAUCCCCUAGGGUCCCUAUAUCUACCACUUUAACUCCUCUGGCACAAUGAUCUCCGCCAUUCGACCACCAGAUGCCUUCAUACCCAUGCGUAAUGGUAGCGAAUCCUUCUCUGCCGACUCCCCAUACUUUUACCUCGAUCAAGGCUCUGGCGACGACGUAUCGCCAGCUGAUAAUCCUACCGGUAGAGGUAACAACCAUGGAUUUGAAGGGCUAAGCAUAUCUGUCGAUGGCAAAACUCUCCAUACUCUCCUCCAAGCAGCGAACAACCAAGAAGGCGGCUUGAAAAAACAGACUGAGCGCUAUACCCGCUUUCUCUCAUAUGAUAUCUCUGAUCCGAACAAUCCUGUAUAUCUGAGCGAGUAUGUAAUCCCUCUUCCUCUUUGGACCGAUCCAACAGCUAGCAAAAGUAAAAAUCCGAAAGUUGCUGCACAGUCUGAAAUUCAUGCUUUACCCAAUGGACAAUUCUUGGUUCUAGCAAGAGAUUCUGGCGCAGGAAAUGGGCAGAGUACUACACUUAGUAUUUAUAGACAGAUUGAUGUUUUUGAUAUCUCUAGUGCGACGAAUAUCAAGGGAGCAAAGUAUGAUUGUGCGACUUGUUCAAUCGCUAGCACGACAGGAGUGCUGGUUAAUGGAAUUGUGACGGCAGCCUAUUGUGAGUGGUUGGAUUUUAACGAUAAUGACGAGCUAGGUAGGUUUGGGGUACAUAAUGGAGGGAAAACGGAUCAAGGGCUGUUGAAUGAGAAGUGGGAGAGUAUAGCUGUUGUACCUGUUGAUGGGAUUGAUGGAGCAGAUGGCGAAUGGGUAAGUCUCCGUCUUUUAGAUGGGUAUAAGAGGAUAUAAGCUAAUUUACUGGAUUCAUUAGUAUGUUUUCAGCUUGAGCGAUAACGAUUUCAUUACGCAAAAUGGUUAUCUGGAAGGGGGAAAGUUUGCUUAUAGUGAUGAGAGUGGAUAUAAUCUUGAUAGUCAGGCUUUGGUGUUUAAGGUUCAGAUCCCAACGCGUGUUAUAAGCUGAGGAGAGGGAUGUGGCUUGAAACGGAGCUGGGUAGUUGAAACGGGGGAAAGGGAGAGUGGGGUAAGGUGUGCGAUGGCAAAAGGUGAGUUUGAAGCGAAUCCUUAGUUUUAGACUAGAUUGGUUAAUUUAUACUGGAUUUUGGCAGGUUAUUAAUGAAAGUGCGGUUUUUUGAAGGUUAGUUAUAUGUUGGUGUGGUUUUGAGUGGAAUUAUAGAGGUGAAAACAACGACUUUUAAUUGAAUUUGGUAAGAAUGGACCAAAUUACAUGUAGGGAAUAACCUCAUCGUCAUCUGAGUAUUCCUUCGACAAUUUCUCUUCCUGUAUUUACGCUCAAAACCUGCACGUCUCAAAACCAUAUCUCCCGGCUCCUAUCCUCUUCGUUGUCUUUUGGCCUCCGGUACUUCUUCGCCAGUAUAUCCAGAAUCAGGAUCCCUCCGCGCAAACGAUUUUGGUGGCGC